AGCGGUGCCGGGCCGGGCCGGAGCACGCCGUACCCCCUGCACACCACCGUCACCCUCAUCAGCCUGGCAGGCUUGCUCAUGCUCUUCACCGUCUUCGGCAACGUCCUGGUUAUCAUCGCCGUCUUCACUAGCCGGGCGCUCAAGGCCCCCCAGAACCUCUUCCUGGUCUCCUUAGCCUCAGCUGACAUCCUGGUGGCCACGCUGGUCAUCCCCUUCUCCCUAGCAAAUGAGGUGAUGGGGUACUGGUACUUCGGCAAAGUUUGGUGUGAGAUCUACUUGGCCUUGGAUGUGCUUUUCUGCACCUCCUCCAUUGUGCACUUGUGUGCCAUCAGCCUGGACCGUUACUGGUCCAUCACGCAAGCCAUCGAGUACAACCUCAAGCGUACCCCGCGCCGCAUCAAGUGCAUCAUCUUCAUCGUCUGGGUCAUCUCGGCUGUCAUCUCCUUCCCGCCGCUCAUCUCCUUCGAGAAAAAGAGCGGGCAGCAGGCUGACCAGGGGGUGGCAGGGUGCAAGAUCAACGAUGAGAAGUGGUACAUCAUCUCUUCUAGCAUUGGCUCUUUCUUUGCCCCCUGCCUUAUCAUGAUCCUGGUCUACAUGCGCAUCUACCAAAUAGCCAAGAGGCGAACCAGGGUGCCACCGAACAAGCGGGCAGAGCGCCCUGAGAAGAGGCAGAACGGCUUGGCUGACAAGGAGGACCUUCCAGCCACAGCCCAGCUCAAUGGGGAGAAGACAGCAGGAGGUGGUGGUGUGCAGGAGGGAGAGGUCAAUGGCAUAGACAUGGAGGAGACCUCUUCCUCUGAGCACCAGGAGAACGACCAGUGUAAGAAGUCAGAGAAACCAUCGAGGGGAAAGACCAAGACUAAGCUGAGCCAGAUUAAGCCUGGGGACAGUUUGCCCAGGAAGGCAGAGGAGGAGAGGAACACCAAAGGGUCUCGGUGGAGGGGCAGGCAGAACCGGGAGAAGCGCUUCACCUUUGUGCUGGCGGUGGUGAUCGGGGUCUUUGUCAUCUGCUGGUUCCCCUUCUUCUUCACCUACACGCUGCUGGCUGUCUGCAAGAGCUGCUCCGUGCCCGACACCCUUUUCAAGUUCUUCUUCUGGUUCGGUUACUGCAAUAGCUCCUUGAACCCCGUCAUCUAUACCAUUUUCAACCACGACUUCAGACGGGCCUUCAAAAGGAUCCUCUGCAGGAUAGAGAGGAAAAGGAUUGUUUGA